AUGAAUCACGCCUGCGAAUCAGGCCGCACGUUAUACCAAAUCGCCUCCGCGGAUUAAUAAAGGAUUUCGAUGCUCGCAGUCGCAGGCGACAAGAUCCUGAUUCACCACGCUUCCAUACCCAAGGCCCGCAAUCGCGGCCUCUCGCGACACGCCGCCUCGCUGGCUCGCCAGCCGCAAUGAGCGCCAGCUUGGGGACGGUCAGCAGCAGCAGUAGUAGCAGCGCCAGAAGCGGCGGAAGUGACGGCUGUCCGCGGCUAGUAAACAUUGCCGGCCUGGGAAAGCGCGGAGGUCGCCACGCGCAGCGCGAGGCGCUGAUUCACCGGGAGCUGGAGGACGGCGGGGACGCCGCCGUGCAUUCCAGCUGGGAGGCUGCGAUCGCUCCGCGCGCUGGAAUGACCGCGGAGGCGCGAGAGAACGGAGAAGCCGCUGCGCUCGCGUCCCUCCCCUCCUCCAUCCAGCCACUGCAUCGGUCCACGUCAUCGCCCGUUUCUGCCCAUGUAGACCCCUCUGGAUACGUCAGCGCCACGUCAUCAUUCCAGCAGUCAUCGUUGUUGGCAUCUGCUGCUGUAUCUGCCUCACCAGCCGCCAGCCAUGGCUCCUCCUGUAGGGUAUGGAUGCCCGAGACAUCCGUGAGUGAUGUUACUGACCCCUCUGCUGCUGCCGCUAGUAUUUCCAUCCACUCAUCGUGGGAAAUUGAGCCUUUGACCCAUGCCUCCAGUACCACCAGCACCAGCAGCAACAGCACCCAUGUACUUGAUAACACACAUUCGCAUGCCACCAUCACUGCCCAUGCACAUGCUGCUGACACCAGCAACACCACCCGUUCGCACGCACACGCAUGGUCAUGGGUGCGCCGCGCGUGGGCCCUCCCUGCUGACGCCGUGCGGUGGUACCAGCAGAGCGUGGCGGAUGCAGGGAGUGGGCUGGAUGGCAGCGGUAGCAGCAGCAGCAGCAGGAGCCAAAGCCGUGGGGGCAGUGCGGCAAGCAGCAGCAGCAGCAGGAGCAGCAGCAGUAGCGGCAGCAGCGGUUUCAGUGGAGGAGGAGGGGUAGGAGGAGAGGGGAGGGGUGGGAGGGGGAAGCGGCAGUGGAUGGUGCCGGGGCUGGGUCUGCCAGUGACGGCGGACAUCAUAGCCAUAGCGCUCGUGUACUUCGUGCAGGGAGUGCUGGGGCUCGCCCGCCUCGCCGUCAGCUUCUUCCUCAAAGACGAGUUCGGCCUCGACCCCGCUGAGACGGCGCUGCUGUCUGGGCUCUCCACACUGCCAUGGCUUAUCAAGCCCCUCUACGGCUUCCUCAGCGACGGCUUCCCCCUAUUCGGCUCGCGCCGCCGCUCCUACCUCAUUCUCUGCGGCUUCCUGGGCGCGUCCGCGUGGGCGCUCCUGGCCUCUCUCGUCCGUGACAAGUACUCCACAGUGGCCAUGAUCCUGCUCUCCUCGCUCUCGGUCGCCAUGUCGGACGUGGUGGUGGACUCCAUGGUGGUGGAGCGCGCGCGCGGCGAGGGGCAGGAGAUGGCGGGGUCGCUGCAGUCGCUGUGCUGGGGGGCCAACUCCGUGGGGGGGAUCGUGAGCGCGUACUGGAGCGGGAGUCUGGUAGAGAUGUACGGCACGAGGUUUGUGUUUGCCGUGACCGCCAUCCUCCCCCUCAUCAUAUCUAUCGCCGGCAUUUUCACCAUAGAGGACAAUCACCCACACUCUCGCUCCCAUGACCAAAGCCAUCAGCUCUCCUCCCUAGCUUCCCCCCCUCACUCCUCCUCCUCUUCCGUGCGUUCCUCCCACCUCUCCCCCAUCUCCUCCCCUCCAGAGACGGCUCCUCUCAUUCCCCUCUCCGCCCAUGGCCUCUCUGCCUCCCCUGCUCUCUCCUCCUCUUCCUCUCCGCACCCCCCUCCCUCCUCCUCCCAGGGGGCUUUUUCUAUAGAGCUUGGUCAUAUGAGUCAGAGUGAGAGAGUGGGAAGGGGGAGAGUUGGAAUGGGAGGGAUUUUGGAAGGGAGGGCGGAUCGAGAAGUGGGUGCAGGAGGAGAUGGAAGAGGGGUUGUAGUAGAUGGGUCUGGAGUGAGGGAUAUGGGUGGGAGUGUGGUGGGGGGGGUGGGGGUUGGGGAGAAUGAGCAGCAGAUGCCACUGCUGCGUCCGUAUGCCUCAGCUCUGUCAGAUUCAGAUGCCACGUUGCCGUCAACACACUACGCUCAACAACCAUACCAUCACGAGCAGCAGCAGCACUGGCAGCAGCAGCGGCAGCAGCAACCCGCCAAUGCCACGCCUGUUAUCAGCGAGUCAUCCAUAUCUUCACCUUCCUUAUCUUCCUCCUCUCCUUAUCACCCUGACUCUGCUACCUUCCCCUCCUCUCCACCCACCAAUCCCAGCCCCCAGCAGCAGCAGCAGCAUCACCCAAACCACCAUUCACUGUCUGCUCACCCCCUUUCCUCUAACACCAACACUCACAACCCCUCUUCCUCCUCAGCUUCCUCCUCCUCCUCCUCCACCUCCUCCUCCUCUCUCCCAGCGUCCCACACAUCUUCCUCUUCCCCUAUCCCGGCCAUGGAUGUGCGGGCACAGGUGCUGUACCUGUGGGCCACCAUCCGCCAGCCCAGCAUCCUCAUGCCCACGCUCUUCAUCUUCCUCUGGCAGAUAACUCCCUCCUCAGAUACCGCCAUGUUCUUCUUCACCACGAACCAGCUGGGCUUUGGACCGGAGUUCCUGGGGCGGGUGCGGCUGGUGACGGCAGUGGCGUCGCUGGUGGGCGUGGGCGUGUACAACUUGUAUCUGAAGCAGGUGCCGCUGCAGCGCAUCUUCCUCUGGAGCAACCUGCUAGGAACUGCUCUCGGGUGCACGCAGUUGUUGCUGGUGACGGGUGUGAACCGCACGCUGGGUAUCAGCGACCACUACUUCGCCCUGGGGGACAGCCUCAUCCUCACCGUCCUGGGCCAGAUUUCAUUCAUGCCUGUACUUGUGCUAGCGGCUCGUCUCUGCCCUCCUGGAAUUGAGGCCACCCUUUUUGCCACCUUGAUGUCGGUUAACAACGGGGCAUAUGUCGUGAGCGGGUUGAUCGGUGCUCUUCUCACCGAGAUGCUUGGAGUUACCAGCACGAAUUUCCACAACCUUGCUUUGCUUGUUCUGUUGUGCAAUCUCUCCUCACUGCUUGCUUUGCCGUUCUUGCGGUUGCUUCCCUCGUUAGAAGAGGUGGAGGAGGCGGUGGCAAGGCUUCAAGGGGAUAUUGAAGCAGGAAAAGAAGCUUGAAAGCGUUUAUGGCAGGAAUUCUAGCAGAAUGUUGUGCUUGUACUAGUAAGAAAGCUAUGUUGAUAUUAUUGUUUUGAGGAAGGGAUGUAAGUUUGGAUCUC